AUGGCUAUCACGGCUGGAUGCGCGUCGGGCAACUGCCCAAGGGAUAUCGUACACUACGUGGCUCAGUCUGACUUUUCUCUGGCGGGCAAUGUCGCCUUGCUGGCCCUCUUCGGGGUUCUCAUCCCCAUUGUCUUCAUCCUCGGCAUCACCUAUCGCAGUUCCGUCUUCGCCACCACAAUCAUCACCGGCUUGGCUUUGGAGGUGAUGGGAUACAUUGGCCGAGUACUACUAGCACUCAAUAACCGGGACAAGAACGACUUCAUCUUGUCCUACGUGGGUACUAUCAUCGGACCUGUCUUCUUUUGUCUCGCCAUCUUCCGACUGAUGCCGCGAAUCGUGGCCGUCUACGGAGAUUUAUUCGCGGCCUGGAGGCCAGCUUGGCAUAACGUCGUCUUUUAUGCAUUCACCACCGUCUGUCUUGUUCUGCAGGCUGUCGGCGCCAUUCUGUCUACUACUCCGCACGACGAGAAGCUGGUCGACAUUGGAGUUCGCGUAUUGGUCGCUGGGUUAGCAAUUCAGGUGUCAAGCCUGCUCAUAUUUGCUGCUCUUGGCUUCCGUUUCGCCAUUGCUGUUCGCAGUCGACAUAGGGGUCUCGAUUCAAAUCCCGCGGCCGCAUACAACACCCCACGGUUCAAGGCAUUCCUAUUGGGAAUCAGUCUGGCGACCGUAUUUCUGACGGUUAGAACACUCUACCGCAUCGUCCCCGUCUCUGAGGGCUUCACGAGUCCGGCCGCGGAGAACGAGGUUUUGUUCCUCGUCCUCGACGGCGUCUUCGUGUUCAUUGCAGCGGCUCUUCUGCUGGCCUCGUUCCCUGGUCGCAUGCUUAGCCAGCCCGAGUGGCCCAAGACCUCGUCGUACUCCAACAGAAUCUCUGUGAAACCUGACCGUCCCUACCGGCCGGCGCCGGUCCACUUGACGCCUACAUCUGGUAGCUCCAACUGGAACCGCAUGAGCACAAAGUCAAAUGGGCAACAACCAUCGCCUCACAAAUACUCUCCCCGGACCCCCAAGCACUCACCCAGGACACCGCCUGUCCCGCCAAGGAAUACAAAUAUGGUGGAUAGCGAUGCUCUGUGGUGACCUGGCUGUACUCCAAAACGACGGACUCCCGUUCUCACGGGCUCACGACCCGGGCCCACUCGGCCAAAUCCUAUCGGUUUCUACGCGGCGUUAAGGUUGGGCUUCUUCGAUUCACAUUGAUAUAUCUUACUUUGGUUCGAGAUAUACUUUUUCGCAUACCCCUUUUAGGCGAGGCGUGGUUAUAGGCGUAGUUAGGGGCGCUUCACUCUCAUUCAUUGGUGGUAGAGUACGCUAGCCAGCGGCAACGAGCUCGGUCAAGAAUGAUCUACUUGAGAUUAGUUUUAACACACUUUAUAAAACCUGAUGGCAAUCACUUGUUCCAAUCGGA